CUCCUCUUCAGUCUGCUGCUGCUGCUGGUUUCCCGUAAGUGUCAUACAGAAAAGGAAGAGAGGAGAGUAAAGAUCGACUCGCUGAGCAGCCAUGGAGCUUUUCAUCCUGAUGUUCCUGCUGUCAGCAGCAGCUGCUCAAGAGAUCUUUCACCAAACAGUUUCCCCUGGAGAUGAUGUGAUUCUGAGAUGUGAGGCUGGUGACGGCGUCAUCAAGGCUGUGGAGUGGACCAGACCUGACCUGAAGAAAAAGUACGUCCUCUUUUACAGAGAUGGACGCUCAAUAUCAACGGAGCAGCAUGAGUCCUUCAGGGACAGGGUGCAGCUGGUGGACAGACAGCCACAGGACAGAGACGUGUCUUUAAUUCUGAAGAACGUGGCGAACAACGAUGCUGGAACGUACGAGUGUCGAGUUUCUCUGAAGGCUUCAAGACGAAACAAGAGAGCCAUUAAGGGAGAGCUAUUCCAAAAAAUCCAGCUGAUUGUCAAAGACAGAGAUUCUUCUGAUGGAAUCCCAGAGGGUGGAAACUUCUCUCGUGGUAACCUCGGACUGGGGUUCGCUGUUGCUGGUGUGGUGCUGCUGGUUUCUUGCAUUGCUGGAUUUCUUUUCUGGAAACACAAACCAGCAGAGGCAGAGGAAUCCACACCACCUGCAGCUUCAUCAGACCCAGCAGGUGUUGGGCUCAUCAACAUGUCACCGUCCUCUCUGCAGCCGGCUGCUGACUCACCUCCUGUGUGAACAUGUUUCUGUGCUCUUUGAGGCUCCCAGUCCUCCUGAUCCCCCUCCUCUCUGUGGAUCACUACCUUGUCGAGGUAGAGGGCUUGUGUACUCGUUGAUUCUGGAAGCUGUGGUGUCUGGAGCAUUUGCUCCUGGUAGGGUCCCCCAUGGCAAAGUGGUCCCAGAGGAGAGUCAGACUAAAUGUGAUUCAGAUUAAAAAGAGGACUUAGAAUAUUUUACUGGGAUAAAACCAGUAACCAAAGUGUAGAAUGUUCUUCGUUAAAAUCCUUUUCACUAAGAACAUUAGUCAGUGAAACUGUACCUAAAGAAGCAGCUCUCACAGACUGACAGAUUUUUAAAGAUACAUACACAAAACAUGAUUGUAACGAGUAAAUGUGAUCAGUUUGUUCCUGGAUGUAUCAAAGAACACUGGAAACUUUUCUACACAAAGUGAUGACAGAGAGAACAGAAUGUCUUCAGGUCUUUACAUGAUUUAACUGCGUUAUUAUGUAUGUAAUGUGUGUUUCACAUCAGGGUGAUAACACAGUUUAUCAGUAUUACAGUUGCACUUUUUUUCCGGUCAUAUAAUGGCCACUUUAUAUGUGAAUAUAUCGCCAGCUGAUGCUAUAAAGGAUCUAAUCAUGUGUGACUGCAGUAGACGCAGAUCCGAACCAAAAAUCAUUCAAUGAGAAAAUAUUUAAAAUAUCACCAGACAGAAUUACUCAUACUGUCGUGUUCAGACACAGUGAUGUCUCAGGCUUUUAUGGGCUUUUAUUUUGAAGGCCUGGCUCACCGUAUCUAACAGCUUAGAAAGGUCAGACUUACAUUAUAAGUUAAAAUAAUAUCAAUAUAAAUCCUGCAGUCCAACAAGACUUUAAACUGUAUAUAUAUAACUAUACGUUUUUAUUAAUGAUUUUUGUAUUUAACCUAACAAGUGCCUGAAAGAAACAACACUAUUUGAUGAAACAUUUACUUGAAUUUUUACUGCCUUCUGCUUUUUGAUUUAAAUGAUUUUUUAUUUUUUUCACAUAAAAAUAAAUACUUUGUAUUUGUUCCAUUUGGA